UGCAUCGGUGGCGGAGACGACGACGACGACGCCGCUUUGUCAUUCGAGCGACUGGUUCCAGCUGCGCCUCUUCGGCGCUUCGAGCCACAAAACCAGACCACUUUCUUGGCGCUCAGCUCAGUUGCCGAAAGAAAGUCCGUCGAGUCGUGACCACCACCGGGUGCAGAGCACCACGAGGAAAAUCUUAGUUUAAAAAAUAUAAACUUCACUCUGGAUUCCGACUUGGAUUCACAAAAUCAGAGUCUCUGCACCGCCCGUGGAAAGUUGUUGAUGUUCGCGUCGAUUUCGGAAUUUUUUAGAGUUUAGUUCGCGUUUUGUCAGAGCUCUUGAAAUGUGCAAUUUGUUUUGGCUUUCGGCCUGUUUUGUGGCCGUCUGCCUGCCCCUCGCCCUCAGCGAUCCGAAUGCGAAUGCCACUCAGGCGGCGCCAGAAGCUGCCAGCCUCCAGGCGGAACCCAAGCCGCAGGCAGAUCUGGUGCCCACGGCGGAGAAACUGAUCCGGUAUCGCCGCCAGCCACCCUACGGCAAGCGUUCCAAGCUGCGCCGCCGGACAAAGGGUCCGCCCAAAAUCAAGUACGGACCACCACCGCCGGGUCCCUAUCGGUAUGCGAAGCCCCCGCUUCCUUCCCACAUCGAGGAGCCCAGCUUCUCCAUCGAGGACUUUCAGAACCUGAAGUUCGAUCCUGCCGACUUCAAGAUAUCCACCUCCAGCUACGAGGCCCAGUCCAUGGAUUUGGACUUCUACAACCAUGAGCCGGAGCCCGAUCUCUAUGGGGCUCACAAGUUUCCCAGCCUGGACUUCGGACUGGUCACCACCCACAACGAUCACAUGCCCCACCAGAAGUACGGGUUGCCACCUCUGACGCAGAGUUUCCACCCAUCGGACCAUUCAUUCGCCUCACACUAUGAGCCGCCUCCAGCUCCGGCUCAUCCGCCCUCCACGCGCUACGGAGUACCCUCGAUUCCGGCUCCGGUUCCCAACUUUUCCCAUCAGGAUCUGCCAGCUCCGGAUUCCUACUCGAUUUACGAGCAAAAGAUUCCUAACGUGGGCUACCAUCAGAACUUUGCAGAGCCAGCAGCCAAAAAACCUGGAAAACAUAAUCCAAACUUUGAGAUUGCGUACUCUCCGCCCGCCUUCGAGAUCAGUACAUCGUAUCAAUCUAACCACCAGCAGAGCUAUGUGCCGCCCAAGGCCCAUGAGGGCAGUUUCGCAGAACCGCCUCCGGCCACCAACUAUGUGAAGCCGGUGCAGCAUCCUCCGGCAAAUGGAUAUGGUCCACCGGCCACUAACUAUGGCCAGCCCGCGCAGCAUCCUUCCUCCAGCUACGAUGCGCCUUCCCAUCCUCCUUCUUCCAGCUAUGAUGCGCCACCUCAUCCUCCAUCAUCAAGCUACGAUGCGCCACCUCAUCCUCCAUCUUCUGGCUAUGAUGCGCCACCUCAUCCUCCCUCAUCAGGCUAUGAGGCACCUCCUCAUCCUCCUUCAUCCGGCUAUGAUGCACCUCCUCAUCCUCCUUCAUCCGGCUAUGACGCACCGCCGCAACAUCCCUCCUCCAGUUAUGACUCGCCACCUCAACAUCCUUCCUCCAGCUAUGAUUCUCCGCCCCAACCACCCAGCUACGACCAACCCUCCCAGUACCCUUCAUCCAGUUAUGAUCAACCUCCCUCUCACAGCUACAAUCCUCCAGAUCCCAUCCAAAACUAUCCCCAUAAUGAUUAUGCCCCGCCCACCCAGGAACUGCCCCUUAAUCCGCAUCACAAGUUCCCCAGCUUUGAUUUCCCAAAGUCCAGCUACGAAGUGCCCAUCUAUGAUCCCAUUCCCUUUGAGGCGUCCAACAGGGACGAGCAGGAGUCCUAUCCCCCCAUUCUGGCGUCCUCCCCCGAUCAAAAUGAGAUAACUAGCGACGCCCAUGCGGCCGGAAGCUCCAAGAAGCGGAAGAGGAAGCGCAAGCCGGGCUCCGGGGUGGUGCCCGCCAAGCACACCCUGGAUGUGCCGGAACUCCAGCAGGCCUACGACGCAGAUAGCCACCAGAGGGGCGAGUCGGGGGAAGUAAUUGAUUCGGAUGCCCAUGCCCAUGGCUCUCACUAUGUGGAAAGGAAGCAGACCUUCUUCAACUUUGUAACGCCCACGACAUCCACGUCCACAACAACACCGGCUCCCUGGAGCCCGAUGAGGGGCAGGAGCACCACCACCAGCACAGGAUUCAUCCCCACUAUUGUGACCAGCACUCCUGCUCCCAGAACCGCGACGAUGCGCACCAGAAAUCGUGGUAGCUCCAGGUAUCGUACCACCCAAGCGGUGAGUCCCAGUCAGCCGGAUCCCAUCCACACCAGCGUCCGGAUUGAGCAGUCCCACUCCCAGAGCUACUACGACGGCACCGUUGCACCACCGACCAGGCAGCAGUUCUCACCCAGCACCAGCGGUCGUGGCACGCGACCCACCCGACCGGCCUAUGCGCGGACACCGCUUGCUCUCCAGCCGGCGAACCACGGAAGAGAUGCACCAUCCCCGCCGGGGGUCACAUCCAAGCGCACCACGAAGGGUGUGUUCGACACCACCUUGUUCAAGAGCCCGCUCAGCGACAGGGAGAUGGAGCGGAAGCUCCAUGGACUGCGUCAGAACUUGCCAAAAAACCACAAACUGUACUGACUCCCAGAGGGGAGUCCAGAGGAGGCGCGUAGUUUAUAAAGACUUGGUUAGCUAGCACUAAGACUGGAGACUUAAGCUAAUAAUUUUUAUCGCAACUUAGGCUAAGGAUGUUUAAUAAAUUAAUAGUUUUGAAAGAAA